CCAAAACCAACCAUUUCAAAAGCUAAUCAAGUAUUGGUCAAAUUGUGUGCUGCCAGUGUCAAUCCAGUCGAUUAUAAAGUGAGAAAGGGAGGAAUGAGGGCAAUUAUGACAUUGCAAUUUCCAUUAAUUUUGGGAAAGGAUGGAAGUGGAAUUGUUGAGCAAGUGGGUGAAGAGGUUAGUAGAUUUAAAGUAGGAGAUAAGGUUGCUGGGUUUCUUCCGUUUAGGAAAACUGGAACAUAUGCAGAGUAUGCAAUUUUUGAGGAGGACGAAAUUGUAAAGUAUUCAAAUGAGCUAUCUCAUCAACAAGCUGCUGCAUUCCCAUUGGCUGGUUGUACAAUAAUGGAAAUGUUGAGAAAACAUUCGGAAGUUUUCAAGAAACCAUUGAAAAUUCUCAUAGUUGGGGCUUCAGGUGGUACAGGAUUGGCAGCAUGUAUCAUUUGUAAGCAAUUUCUUUCGAGAUAUUUCAACACUACCAUUUAUGCAGUAUGUUCUGAACGUAAUUCAAAACUAGUUUCGGAUAUGGGAGCUGAUGUCAUUAUCGAUUAU